CAAUCCUCUUUUGUCUCGUAUCACGAGCGUGAACAUUGUUGGUGCGGUUGAUAAUUGGCAGUGGUGUGUGUGCACGCCGACCGUGGAGGAAGAGGAGGAGACGACGGGAAAGCCACGCACGAAGAGAAUCGCCGCCACCGAAGCAUCGGGAGCAGCAACAGAAUAAAAAGCAGUAAAAAAUGGCGGUAUUUGGAUUGGUCUCCGCCGUUGCCGGCUUUGUGAAAGUGCGGUAUUUAAUUGACAAGGCCAUUAUUGAUAAUAUGGUCUUCAGGGCGCAUUAUAGAAUUACCGCCGCUAUUCUAUUUGCUUGUUGUAUCAUAGUCACGGCAAACAAUCUAAUAGGCGAUCCCAUAAAUUGUAUCUCGGAUGGCGCGGUACCAGGUCACGUGAUAAACACGUACUGCUGGAUCACUUAUACGUUUACCCUGCCGGCGAACAAUGUCAAGCAAAUUGGGACCCAUGUAGCGCACCCCGGACUCGGUGGCGAUUACGGCGAAAAAAGGUACCACUCGUACUACCAGUGGGUACCGUUCAUGCUCUUUUUCCAAGGUGUCCUCUUCUACGUACCUCACUGGAUGUGGAAACAGUGGGAAGAGGGUAAGAUCCGCACCAUCUCCGAAGGCAUGCGGGGCGCAACGAUGGACUCCAAGGGGGAACGACACGCGCGCAUGCAGCGACUCGUCCAGUACAUUUUCGACACUAUGCACCUGCACAACAGCUACGCAGCCGGUUACUUCUUUUGCGAGGCGCUCAACUUUUUCAACGUCGUUGGUAAUAUAUUCUUCAUCGACACUUUUCUUGGCGGCGCUUUCCUCACUUACGGUUCGGACGUUGUCAAGUUCAGUAACAUGAAUCAGGAACAGCGUACCGAUCCGAUGAUCGAGGUCUUCCCGCGCGUCACCAAGUGUACGUUUCAUAAAUUCGGUGCCUCCGGGACAAUUCAGAAACACGACGCCCUCUGCGUGUUAGCCCUCAAUAUCCUCAACGAGAAGAUCUACAUAUUCCUCUGGUUCUGGUUCAUCGUAUUGGCGGUAAUGUCUGGACUGGCGCUGCUAUAUAGUAUGGCUGUCGUGUUAUUGCCUAGCACACGCGAAACCAUCCUCAAGAAGCGCUUCAAAUUCGGCACCCCAGCAGGCGUUAGCACGUUGAUCAGAAAAACUCAGGUCGGCGACUUCCUGCUGCUACACCUACUAGGUCAAAACAUGAACAUGGUGGUAUUCAAUGAAGUCCUCGACGAGCUUUGCCGUCUGAUACACGCGGAGGGCUCUAGCAGUGGAACCUCACCGGUCUCGGUACCUUCGGCCCCCAGCACCCUCGAGAUGUCGCCUAUUUAUCCGGAGAUCGAGCAGUUCUCUAAGGAUACGGAGAUUUAAGAGAGGCGGUGGCACCUCACCUAGCACUUUCGACAAUAUAUGUGAUAUAUGAUGAAUUGUGGGGAUUGUUUUCCCCCUCGCAUCAAAAAUGAAUAAGGAGAUACAGGGAAAGCGCUGGCAUGGUGGAUAAUAUAACAAAACAAAGCUCUCUCUUUCUCUAUUUCGCUUUGAGGACGUUGAUGUUCUUCUGCACAGAAGAGGUGAACUUUCCCUUGAACCAAAACGUAUCUCGCUCUUUCGUAUUAGAGUUUACGUUCGCUUGCCAUCACUGAAAACGAUGUAUACCGCUAUUGACAUUAACAAUAUAAUAAGGAGCUUUCGUCCGAGUAUAAAGUUAAAGAGGAAGAAAGGUGAGACGUACUGCGCGGAGCGGAGGACCACUUCAAUUGCAUGGAGUUUAUACUGGCAAAGGACCGAAUGAAGACGUAAACGAAUGAGAAAAGCACCAGUGUAAAGUCUAUGUAUUAACGAAAGGAAAAUAAGGAAGCCGCGGAGACCGUUUACGAGCUUCAAAGCGUUGGGCUGUGAGUGUGUGUUAGGAAAAGCGUUCUCUGCUUUGUCGCCGAUAUUAGACGGACUACAAUGAAUUUCCUGGACCCUCCAGACGACCAAAUUUCUGCAAUGAUGACAAUAAAGACGACCACGACGACGACGAUGAC